CAAAGACCAACUCGACCGAUCCAAGGCAACGUGUUCCUCUAACAGUAUCAAAGACUACUUUGACAUUAUUAGUACAUAUUUGUACAAGUCCGAUGUCACAGACACAUACCUUUUUAGUUUUUAAAUCAGUUUUAUCUGACAUUGUACAUAUUACAUGCACUGUAUGACGGAGGGGGGUUUCCAUUAAUAGUCAAAGUGCAAUGCAAUCACACCUAUAGUGUAGAUAAUGCCCUCUGGGUUAUUGUAUUGUAAAACUUGAUGGCGCAAUGCCCAGUGAUCCGUUUUUAGAUACAUGUAGUAGUACAGUCAGGUACUACAAUGUACGUAUAUAUGCAAACCAUGGGUUUAAGUCAAAGUCUUGUAUAUGUGCAAGGCAAAGGCGAGGGCCGACCAUCGAGUUUAUAAGGAAGACCACAUCCAGGGGUAAUCAACAAUUUGCGUAAGUUCUUGACACUCUUUUAAAAGUGUUGCAAAGUUGGACUGGGAUGAUUUGGUAACAAAAUACUGACCACCAAAAGUUUUAAAGAAAAUAUGUGGUACACUCACAUGGGUUUGCCCCAGUAGUGUUCCUGGCUGUGGCUGCUGUAUGCGCCGUAGCACCUUGUAGGUCUACAUGUAAACCCUUAUAGGAUGAGCACUACAUAAUUGGAUCACAGAAUGCAAAAACUUUAAAAACCUAUCUUUCUGAAAAAAUGUACAUGUAUCUAAGCGCCUUGAGUACCUUGGUGGUUUUGCGCAUAAGACUUUGAUAUUAUAAAUAUUUAAUAUUGAUUACAUACAAUGCAGCAAGCAGGGUACAAAAUGCCCAUACAAUUUGUGGAUGGCCACAGUUCAGUAAUUUUAUUGUACCUCACAAUUAAACAGUUCAUGUAUUUCUUAACGUAAACUUUAAAAAAUCUAAAAGUCCAAGCCUCCUCAUACCAACAAAGUUAGCACUAAUAAAAACGAGUUGGGAAGUCUGAGCUACAAGAUUGUCUAGUGGAGAUUCUAAGUGCAAGAAACUCUUGGAUGAAAAGGAACUCAAUAUUUUAUUUUGUUUAAUUCAGUUAUUAAUUCUGGUUGUACUAGCCAAGCAUCUGAUGGAGAGAUAAGAAAGGAAGUUUCUGUUUUAAAAGUGGGAGGAAAACCCCAGAGAAUUAUUCCAGGGAAACAAACACUCAUCAUACAGGGACUGAAAACCCAAUCCACGUACUUGGACAUGUAGUGCCUCUGGCAGGAUUUGAACCACAGUUCUACAGGUGGUAAGGCGAGGAAAGACACCACCUCCUCCCACUCGUGGUACGGAAAACCCACACCAUCAUGCAGGGACUGAACACCCAAUCCACAUAGUGCCUCCGGCAGGAUUCGAACCGCGGUUCUACAGGUGGUAAGGCGAGCAAAGACACCACCUCCUACAACCCGACCAAAGGACCCUAGGGCCAAGCCCUUCUCUCUACCACUUUAUGUACAUGUACCUCUAGUCCUCUCAACCCCAUGACUAUGAAGCAAGUUCCAGGUUAUGUAAAAGAUAGCUGACCGCUUUCUUGUAAUGACGUCUUUCCUGUUUGUUUUGUUUUAUCGUUCAGAUCCAUGAGUUAGUGGGCUCCGCAUACGUACGUAUUCUUUUCUUCCCCUAACCGGCGAACUACCCAUGAACCCCGUCCUGCCAAGAGUCAUUAGUACCACCGUGCUUCGUCCAUGGCCCAAUCUUGGCAGCAGCAGUCCCAGCGAGAAGGCCCUGAGGGCUACAACUCGUCAACGAGCGCUAGUCUCGCAGGGUCCUCCUCGGUGAAACUUGACAUCGAGAACAACUACAUGUACAGUCUGGAACAUGAAGCCCUGGAAAAUAUCAGUGUAUGCGACAUCCUCAAACAAGACAAUGAACACAGCGGCUUUCUCUACAAGCGAGCCCAGGAGAAGAUGACCGAUACAGUGACAGAGUCCGUAGGCUCUGUCAUCAGCACGGCUUUGUUUUCAAAAUGGCAGCUUCGAUACGUGGUACUAUACCGGGAGUACGUCCUGUACUACAAGAACGACCGGAGUUUAAAGCCGAAGGGCGUGUUUUCACUGCGGGGCUAUAACAGAGUCGUCCGUGCUGAGGACAUGACAUCGGCCAAUCAGCAAUGGGCUUUCAAAAUCAUCGGGUUACGGUCUGAUGACAGAACAUGGUACUUUGGUGCUGCCUCAGAAAGAGAAAUGAGGCUUUGGAUGGCGUUCUUCAAAGUAACAAUGGAGAAAGCCAUACAUGGCAAAGCUAGAGACAGAUCCUUGAAAAUUCUGCAAGACCUCAAGUACAACGAGACAAAGUUCCUCCAGGGAAGAGGGCCGCCAAGCCCCAGCGGGAAAAGCUUCGAGCCGGGAAUCUACGAGGAUAUAGAGGAGCCGUUAGAAGAAUCAAGCGAAGAUCAAUAUUUACCUCCGAACCUAUCCUCAUCGAUGAAAUCGCGGAAUCUACCGAUACCUCCUCGAAAAGAAUCUUACGUCAGAAUGAACAGAGGCCCACUCCCGAUCAUUCCGCCGAGACCAGAACUGCCGAGAAGAGAAUCUGCAGCAUCCACUGAUAGCGAAGACUAUAUUCUGCCACAGGAUGUCGACUUACAUGAAGCGGAGUUGUUAAGAGGUCGACUCGGUUAUUCGAGAGAGGAGCCAGUGAGAGUUAAUACCAGACCUUUCGCUAAACCAGAACUACAUGCGAGACCAGAAACACAUGCCAAACCAGACCUUCACAUAAGAUCAGAUCCACCACCGUUGCCUGUCAGUGAGACAAGGCAAGGACCAGAUGGCAACAGCUUUAGAAAAAAGCAAUUCCAAGAAAUUCCACACAGCCCAAAUGAAAUUCAGGGCACAAGGAGUGCAUUAAAGCCAGCUGUUGCCGUUAAGCCAAAGCCGGGAUUGAAGCCUAAGCCAGGGGUGAAGCCUAAGCCAAAACCUGCAACCAGAGACCUUCUUCCGUCAUCAGCAGUCUUCAACUCACAAGACAAGAAACAAGCCGAAGGGUUGCUGUAUCAAUACUGUGAGGACGGCAUGUAUCUACUUCGGCUAAGCUCUGGUCAGGGAAAGGUGCUGAUGGCUUACCACAAACAUCUCAAUUCAUGCAAACAUUACAAAGUCUUCGGCGAUGAGGUUUCAACCUUCUCGCUGAACACUGAUCCCAUCUUCACGAAAAUGGACGACCUUUUAAAAUACUACAUAGAGAACGCACUGCCAAAUACUACAGUUAGAUUAUCAAGACCCUACCCUGGCUAUUAAAAACAACUCUACCUUGGAGGGAUGCUUACGUCGCUGAUGAUAAUAUUUACCAAAAGUGACGUGUAACAAAUGAAAUUACCAAUGUAAUUUUCAGGCUUGAGAGUAGCCUUGGUGCAAGAAGUUCGUAGCGCAUUUUGCUACCUGAAUGGUUACUAUACAGCCAUUUGUCUAUUUUUGUUUUGCUGAUGUAGUGAUAGCGGGCGUUCUGUACUUAUCAACGAACUAGUACUUUCAACUAGCUAGUUGUCAACCACUGGUUCUUCUCACAAAAUCAAUAUUACACAUGGUGCUACCAUAAACCAUGAUUAUACUCCCACCAUGCAAAGUUUCAAAUCCUACGAACCAGUAGUACUGUCUUUGUUGAUGAACUGCCACCAGUGGCUGUAGACCCAAAGUGACUCCAAUGGGUGAAUUCAGAAGCAAAAUGUGUCACUCUGUACUUAGUACUUUCCACUAGCUAGUUGUCAACCACCAUUUCUUUUCAGAACCAGCACUACUCAAAAGAGGUGUUACACAUGGUGCUACCGAAACCCUCACCUAAUUAUACUCGCAUCGAGCAAAGUUUAAAAUAAUACAAACUAGUACUUUGUUGCUGAACUGCCACCAGUGGCUGUAGACCAAAAGCGCCUCCAAUGUGUUAAUUCAGAAGCAAAAUGUGUUAAGGCUUCUUGAACUAAGACUAACUUGUGAGGACAGUUUUUGCAGAGUUCAAGUGCCAAAAUCCGACAAGCACAGUAUAACAAACUAAUGAUGUUUUGUCAUGGAUUGAAUUGCCCAUCGGGCUAAUUUGACUGUUAUCAAAAUUAACCUUUGAUGAUUAUGGGAUUUGUUCUGAUGCUAUUUUGUUUUAAAACUUUGGAAGGGAGAUAUUUUUCUGAAGGUUUUUGUUCUGGUUUGAAAUUUAUAAUCAGUGAGCUGUCAGAUUGAAACUUACUUAAAGACAGUGGACACUAUUGGUAACUACUCAA